AUGAGAAAAACAAUUCUAGCAAAGAAAUCAUCGCAUAAAAAAGGAAAGCAACCAAAAAGAGAAGCAGAAAGCAGCCAAGCCUUACAUAGUCAAAUAAUUAUUAUUGUGGUGGAGACAAAAUAUGUUCUUGCCACGAUGCACCACUUUGGGCGGCAAAAUGGCCCUAUAGCCUAAACCAAGUUUCAGGCGUUUUUUGAUUCUAACCCCUGUCUUGCUAUAUGAUGAGAGAUGAGGUGGGUGACCUUAGGAGUCAGCUGCUGGUCAUUUCACUCCAGGUAUUAGUUAUCGGAUAGUUUUUGAGCCACUAUUUAUUUCCCUUUUGGCUCGGAGGGCCGAGAUUCUUUUUCCUAUGCGUAACCCCUCCUAAAGGUGCCCGAAAUGAGGUAUCAUGCUAGCAUCUACCUCCAUAGUACCUAAUGGUGUAUUGACAAUCCUCGUAGUCAGUCGGGACUUUUUUGGAUCACCGUGCAAGCCCUGCUACUAGAGAAAAUCAUUGUUCAAAUAGUGGCUGAAUUUCCGCCCGACAAACAGGUUGACGUUGGUAGAAAGCGUGCGGAGGCAUCAAAUCUGGAAGACGUUAAGACUCUUAAUUUAAUUUAAUUUACAUAGUCAGUCUAUGGUAAUUAUUCCAGAAGAAGACAAAAAUUUAGAGGAUUCAGAGAUGAUUAGAUUCAAUACGGACGAAAUAUCGUCUUCCUAUGUAAAUAGUGGAGAUAAAAACAAUAUUAAUGAAGAAAUUUUUGAGGAAGAAAAAAGAAAUUUCAUAGCUGAGCCAAAAGAAAACAAUUUUAAUAAUAUUCCCGAAAGCGGCAAGAUUUCUAUAGAAAAUAGCUUUGGAGAUAUGGUUGAAAUCACAAUACCAAAAAAGGAGAGCAUGGUUUCUUAUCAAGCUAAAAUUAAUGACAAUUCUGAAAAGCAUGAAAUUAAAAUUUAUAAAGAAAAAGACGCUAUCCCUUCAGGCGAUGUGCCAAAUAUUUCUUUUAACUUUCAAGCAAUCGAAGUAAACUCUGACAGCUCGCAAAGCCCAAAAGAAGAAAUUGAAUCCUCAGUUGAAGAAGCUAAAUAUCCUAUUGAAAUAAAGAAUGAGGAGCUUGAUCUCAUAAGUAUUCCAAAAGAAAAUCUUAAAGCUAGCCCAAUUGAUAAUCAAGAAAUUGUUGAUCAAUCUGCAUUAGAAAUCAUAGAAGGCCUCUUUACCGUUAUUUCUGAUUAUGCAAACAAUAAAGCCACAUCAAUCCAAGUAUCUCAAAAAAUUAAAGAAAAAGCUAUAGAAAUGAGCAGCAUAGUGCCAGAAAGGCACCAUCUAAAACCCUCAAUUCUGAAAUUUUUGACCUCCAUAUUUUGCAGCUCAUGCAAAAAUAAUAGCCCAGAACUGCACCUAGGUUGUUCCCACAGCUACUGCACAGACUGUGCCAAACACCUUAUUCCCAGCGAUUUUUCUCAGAUAGUACAAAACCUCCCAAAGUGCAUAAUUUGCCACCAUUCGCUCUCAGAAAAUGAUUUAAGACUUAUAUUAGGACCUCUAUGAAGCCAAAUCAACCCUUCAUGCAUUUUUUGUGGCAGCAAUAAUUUUUACUCAGACGAUAAAUGCAAACAUUAUUGCAAAGAUUGCUUAAGCUUUGAUUUGAGAGCUGGCUGAAUAAAAUGCAAGUUUUGUGAAAAGCCCUUUGAUAUAGAGAAAUUAAAAAACCGGCAAUCAAAAUGCAAAGGAUGCGGAAACUGAGUAUUUGACAUAGGAGACUACUUUAUUUCAGUGUGUGGGCAAGACUAUCAUCCUUUAUGCUUUAUUUGCUCAGAGCAAUCAUUACAAAAUAAGCAGUGCUUUGCUUGUUCAGCAGAACUCGUAGAUGAUGCUAUCGCUAAAUUAGAAUACGUGUUAUUUACAACGUGUAUACGAUGCAAAAAGACCUAUGAGCGAGGAUAUUUUACAAUGAAAACAUGUUGUGAUAAUGACAUUUGUCUUCUCUGUCAUAUGCUUAAUGAAGAAAACUGUCUUUCCUGUAAGAAUCCUUUACCAGAAAACUCAAAAAAAACAAUCAAAUACUUAAAUUCUCAAAAAAAAAGCUAA